AGGGACAUCCAAAUUUGGUGAUGAUUGUCAGCUACCCCAUUUCCAAACUCUCCUCGUUUUCCCUUUCUACCAAAGACCAAAGUUGCAAUUUCUCUGAAUUAACAGAGGAUUCAAGAUGUCUUUAAGCUUUCCUCUUUACCUGAAUCCCAGCUUCUGUUGUAAUUAUCAAUUUGUGCCACCAAAAAGUUGUAGCAGUAGCAUUAGGAAGAGUGGAGAAGGCGGCAGCAGCAGCAGCAGGGCUGGGAGUAUGAAGGAAGCCUCUGCUGUUUCUUACAAGAAGUUCAUUGAUUUUGCUCUGGAGGAAACCAAAGUCCAUACCCAUUUGGCUCCUUCUCCACUGCAGAAGAAAUUCAAUUCCUUAACGAGUAUGGACGGGCGAACUGAACUCCAAAUGCUCUCAUUUGAAGCACCUAAAGUUCGACUUCUCCGUUGUUUGUCAAUUGAAGGGAAUGACGGCAUGGAGGUUUUGGAUUUUGCGGUGUUCCCUAAGCCAGAAUUUGAUCUUCCUAUAUUUUGUGCCAACUUUUUUACAGCUGCUAGCACAAACAUAGUUGUAUUGGACCUCAAUCCCUUGCAUGCUGUCACAGAUCGGGAUGACUACAAGGAGAAGUAUUACAGACACUUGAUUCCUCUUGGCUUAAAGUAUGCUGAGCUUUUACCCUGGGGUGGAAAGAUUACCAGUGAAUCUUUGAGGUUUUUCUCACCAAUAGUAGUAUGGACAAAGUUUUCUUCAAGCCAAAACUAUUAUGAUGUUUUAUUUUCUGCAUUCAAGGAUUACUAUAAGGCGUGGCUUGAGUUGAUGGAGCAAGCAACUGAAGAGAUUGAUACUUCUGAAAUUGUUUCCAACCGUGAGGCACAGCAUAGGUAUCUCAUGUGGAGGGCAGAAAAGGAUCCUGGGCAUCGACUUCUGAGAAGACUGGUUGGGGAAGCUCUUGCAGAGGAAAUACUAAGGAGCUUCCUCUUUAAUGGAGUUCAAGAGCUAGGGAGCAAAACAUUUUUGGAUUACUUUCCUGAGUACAGGAGUGACAACGGGACCAUAAACGAGAAGCGAAGCAUGAUUGGAAAAUCGUUUGAAAAUCGACCCUGGGAUACUGAAGGCAACUUUCUUGGAAACAGUCUUAGAUGGAUUAUGGCAGUCAAUUGAUAAUCAGAAAACAAAGCCAUCCGUGGUAGCAUUGUGGAAGGCUGGAAAUGAUUUGGGGGGAAUAAUGCAUUUGACCUCCCAUGUUCAAAUAAUGAGUGUUCUAGGCUGCCACCAAUCCGUUUAAGCAUGUUUCGACUUUGCAGAUCCUGUGGAUGGAGUUCUCAGAGAAGAUUCUUCUUCGGAUAGAAAGUUACCCCUGAUCCUGUUAAAAGGCAAAUUCCAUAUGUCAGUUAUAUUACACUAGUAACUCCUUUUCACUAUUCUCAGAUCUCAAGGGCAUUUCUACCUUUGACUGAAACUGGAGGCUGAAGCAACCGGCUGAAUUCAUCCGGCAGAUUACUGCACUUGAAAUAGCUUGCAAUUCAUUGAUUAAACUGAUA